CACAAAACCUAUCUGAAAAUAUUCCAAUUCCAAAUACUGAAUAACCAUAUCAACAAAUCCCUUAUAGUUCAAUUAUACUGAUAAAUUUAUUUAUGAUAUUCAAACAGAAAUGGAUUGUGAUUCAAACGGUGACUAUGACCAAACACCUAUAUACUCCGCACGUGAUCUACCACGUAGCGAGAUUGAAGAACGUUUACGAUUCUAUCAAAUGGAAGUGGAUAAAAAAGAUGAUUUAAUACGGCAAAUGACAAAAUUAACUGCAAACACACCAGUGAUUCAAUUGUUUCAUUCACCUGAUGCACAACUGUCUUCACAUGAGAAAAUUGAAGAAAUUAGAAUGAAAGUUGAAAAACUUCAACAAACAAUUGCAGAAAAUAAAGAAAUAAUACAUGAAAAAAAUAUGAUAAUUAGUGAAUUAAAAACAGAAUGCGAUGCUGUACGAUUAGAGAAUGUAGAUCAUUUAAAACGAAUUGAAGAAUUAGAAAAUCUAUCAGUGGAACAAUCAUAUAAAUUACAUUCUUGUGAACAAUCUGAAAAUCAACGAGAUUUAGUAAUUCAAUCAUUACAAGAAGAAUCAAAAAUAAAAACAAAUAAACUUUUAGAUCUUCGUUAUCAGUAUAAGAUGUUAGAAGAAAAAUAUGAAAGUAAAGUUCAAGAUGAAAAGUCGGCCAAAAAAGAACUAGGAAAGUAUUUGAAAGAUUUAGCAACUUUGUUAGAAUGUGAAGCAAAAGAGCAAUCAUGUAUGCUUAAAUUAACUGAUAUACUCAGAUCGUUAUGUGAUUGUAAAGAACAAGUUAAACGACAAGGUGAUACAAUCGAAGCCUAUGAAUUUGAACAAAAAGCAUCUAGAGAGACUAUAUCACGUUUAUCUGGAGAAAUUAACAAAGAACAAGAAUUAAGACAAACUGCUGAAAACUGUGAAAGAGAAACUAGGAAGGAACUAGAACGAAUUGAAUCAGCUUAUAAAAGAUCGGAAAGUUGUGUUUAUUUAUUAGAAGAACGUGUAAAUAGUUUAACAAUAUCACUUCAAGCUGCAAGAGAUGAUGCAAUUGAACGUGGACGAAAACUUGACAGAAUCAAUGAAGUUCACGCAAUGUUUCAAAGCAAGUGUGACGAUGAAAUCGCAUCGAAACGUUCAUGUAUCAUGGAAUUGGAAAAAUAUGGUUGGAAUUCUGAUGAUUUACAAGAAAUCAAAAAAUUUAUAGAUGCAAUGGUUUCUUGGCUUUCAUUUCCCUUUCCAUAUGAAUUAUCAUCUCUCUUCAAUGCGAUUUCACAAAGGAUUGAAGAAAUGGAAGAAUCGCUAAGACGACAUACACAGGUUAGUACGGACAUAGACUUGGAAUUAAAUGAUUUAAGAGCAGAACGAUCAAAUUACAAUACAAAUUUCGAAAUGCUUAAAGAACGUGUUGCUUAUUUGGAAGAACAAAGAGCCUCGGAUGGAACAUUAAUUGAUGAUUUAAGAAAUGAACGUGAUCGAUUGCACUUCCACUUAUGUAAAUUGGCUCAAAUUCUCAAAAUUGAUGAACCUGUCGCUGAAAUGGGUGCAGAUGUAUUAGGAGAUAUACUUUCAAUUCGUCUCACACAGUUGCAACAAGGUGAAACAGAAAAGCAAGCAAAUCAACGUAUACAAAUUUCUCGGUUACAACGUGAACUACGUGAAACAAAAGAUCGUGCAGAAUCACUUGAUUUACAAAUUGGAGUGAUGCGACAUCGUUUAAUCGAUGCUCAGGAGAAUAGACAUCACACUGUCUUGCCAGCAAGUAAUACACCUAUGACAUUAGCUACAUCGGAAAAGGAAAGAAGGAAAUUAUUAAAAAAAUUAGAAAAUGGUAAAGAAUUAGAGAAUAAUCUACGUCAAGAAGUAGUUAUGUUAAAAGCUAGAUUACUUGAAUCUAGUCAGAGUAAACUUGCCCAAAUGAGUGUAUCCAAAGCUUUACGAGCUGCUCAGAAUAAAAUCGAUGAAUUAGGCUCAAUAUGUGAAAAUCGUGACAAUGAACUUAAAAAAUUAACCACAGAAUUACAUGAAUCCAAGAAGAAUUCAAAUAUUGAAUUAGAAAAUCAAAAUGAAGAAUUAUUAAAAUUAAGACAAGAGAUAAAACACUUACAAAACUCAUUGGACAAUAGUCAAAAAUCUGAAGAACAUCUUUUAGAAUUCCGUAAACUUGUGGCAAUCUAUCUUGGAUUAGAUGACGAACGAUUAACUGUGCCAGAUUAUGAAAUAUUAACUCAUUUAGAUCGUUUAGUCUCAGCUAAUCAAUCUCAUGUUGCAAAUGCUGUGGCUACAGAAAGAGCAUUAGAUUUAGUAACUGGUAAUGUCAGACCUAAUAUUCCGAAUCAUUAUUGCCGGUGA